AUGAGCAACAGUUCAGAGGAAAUUUCUUGGAUUACUUGGUAUUGUGGAUUACGUGGAAAUCAAUUUUAUUGUGAGGUUGAUGACGAAUAUAUUCAAGACCGAUUUAAUUUGACUGGUUUGGUUGAACAAGUUCCUUAUUUUCGUCAAGCACUUGAUAUGAUUCUUGAUUUGGAACCUGAAGAAGAGGAACAUGACGAUGCACAGGCUGAUUUAGUUGAGCAGGCCGCUGAGUUGCUUUAUGGUUUAAUUCAUGCUCGUUAUAUUCUUACAAAUCGAGGAAUUGAGCAAAUGAUUGAAAAAUGGCAAAAUGAGGAUUUUGGCAAUUGUCCACGUGUUUUCUGUGAAAAUCAGGCUGUACUGCCUAUUGGCAUGUCAGAUAUCGUUGGUGAAGGUUCUGUUCGUCUUUACUGUCCUCGUUGUUGCGAUAUUUAUUUACCGCGUUCAACAAGACAACGUCGAGCGGAUGGAGCUUAUUUUGGGACUGGAUUUCCUCAAAUGUUAUUUUUUGUACAUCCUCAUUUACGUCCAAGACCGCCAUUUAAAAGUUAUCAUCCAAAGUAUUUUUUUUAA